AUGGUGUCAGCUAGCACUUCGAAAGAUUCCGAAUAUUACCUGGAUCAGGAGGCGACAAACUUGCUUUCCUACACUCACGAAUGCAGCCUAAGAGAUGAACCUCACUACCUACAAAACCGGAUCAAGUCUCCGAAGAGUCUAUCGUUUCGGGUGCGACAGUGCUUUCUGAUCGAUUCCAACCACCCGCAGACGAAACGGUUCUUCCAAUCCAGCUACAUGUACCGCUCGGAAUUGGUUCGUCAUAUCAAGAGCGACUACUGGUUCAUCAUACACCCGUUCAGCAGGUUUCGAUUCUAUUGGGAAAUUUGGUUGAUGUUCUACAUGUAUACCAUAACCAUCCUCAUACCGUUGCAAGUUUCCUUUGCGACGGUGUUGCGCCAUUCGGAUCACCUUUACUACGUAUCUUUUGUCCUUAAUGUGAUUGCAACGACCGAACUGGUUGUGAACUGUAUUACCGGGUUUUCAAGGGAUAAAUAUUACAGAAACAUUCAAUUUAGUCCUUGGGAGAUUUUCAAAAACUAUCUGAAGGGUAAAUUUGUAAUAGAUUUUCUGUUUGCCUUUCCGGUGAGUUUGCUGGUGAAGGUUUCGGGUAUAGAAUCAAGAUCGCUUGGCAUAUUUUUGGAUGUAUACAGUGUGGUAAUGUUUCUCAAACUACUCACUGUGUCGGUAAUCUGGAACUACCUAAUCAACAUUUUCGAGAAAUUCAACCUCAGCAUGAUUUUCUACAACAUUUUGCGGCUUUCGAUGAUAUCUGUACUGUUUUUGCAUUGGUGUGCUUGUUUUUACAAGUUGGCGGUAACUUUCAUGGAUGAUCCAGAGCGCGGUUUAGAUCCAAAAUGGGAUGAACAGCAGGAUUUUCUUUUGAAUAUACACAACGGAAUAGCGGCUCGCUAUGGUUUUUGCUGUAGAGCUGCCUCGUAUUACUUGUUUGUAAGAAGUUUCCCAAAAUUGGAAGAACCGAGUACAAUUUUUGCAAAAGUUUUGGUUUCAAUCUGUAUCAUUGUUGGAAUUUGCUUCAAUUUCUAUUUAUUCUUACAAAUAUAUAAACUGAUUACCAUUAUGAGCUCGACCAAGAGAAAAUACGCUGAAGCCGUUAGUGAGUUGCAAGCAUACAUGAAAAUAAAGCAGUUUCCAAUGGAAGUGAAAAAUCGGUUGUUAUUUUACUAUGAGAAAAAAUUUGAAAAGUACUACUUUGCUGAAGACAAGAUACUGGAGAUGUUGUCAGAAACAUUAAAAAAUAGAAUUUCUGAAAACAGCGCUCGACGAUUCUACGAGCAAGUUCCAGUGUUCAAAGGCAUCCCGAGCAAUAUUUUAUUGGCAUUGGUUCAAGGAAUGGAAAAGGAAAUUUAUCUACCCAACGAUAUACUCUUAAAAGCUGGAACAAAAGGUUCGAAAAUGUAUUUUAUUUACACUGGCUCCGUUGCUAUAUACACACAAUCUGGGAAAGAGAUUGCACAUAUGUAUGACGGCAACCAUUGCGGUGAAGUUUCACUUUUCUUGAGAACAAAGCGCCUGGUCAACGUGAUUGCUAUCGAGUUUACCCAGGUCUUCGUGCUGCGGCGAAAGGUGUUUCUCGAUCUGAUUCCACCGGAAAGUUUGCUCUACCGGCGUCUGGAGGAUAUCGCCAAGGAACGGAUGCAGCUCGUUUUACACGAGGAGGAACAGUACAAAAGUCACCUGCUAAUGGUGAACGCCGGUAACGACUGA